AUGAAAAUAAUUGUCCCGUUUCUUUUGUAUUAUAGGCCGGUCCCUUUCCACUGCUUCGAUUUUAGGAAUCUUAAAGCUCAAAUCAAGACAAAGCAGACAUCUAUUGCUGAAAACGAAGCUCAGCUGCCAAUUGGUUAUGGCUACACUAUCAAAUCAGUUGGCAAGGAUUCAAGUGGAAGAUCAUUGACUGCAGCUCUUCAACUCAUCGAAAAUUCCUCGGUUUUUGGCCCUGAUAUUCAGAAUCUCAACCUCAUAGCCAGCUUUGAAACAAAUGAUUGCCUAAGAAUUAGAAUAACAGACUCUACCCAUCAACGAUGGGAAGUGCCAAACAACAUUGUUCAUCGUCAAAUGCCAUCUCAUACUUACCAAGUUUCAACUGGUUACCACCACUUCCUCUCCAAUGUCAACUCAGAUCUUGUAUUUACCCUUCACUAUACUACUCCAUUUGGCUUCAGUGUCAGACGCCUCUCCACGGGUGACAUUCUUUUUGACACCUCACCAGUAUCAGGCCAUCCUGACACAUUCGUCGUUUUCAAAGAUCAGUACGUCCAAGUGUCAUCUUCACUUCCAUCGAACAGGUCCAACAUUUAUGGUCUUGGCGAGCACACUAAGAGCUCGUUCAAGUUGAAACAUAAACAGAUGCUGACUCUCUGGAAUGCUGACAUUGGAAGUUCCAAUCCUGAUCUCAAUUUAUAUGGAUCCCACCCUUUCUACAUGGACAUCAGGAGCCCCAUGGGAACCGCUCAAGGGGUAUUGUUGCUCAAUAGUAAUGGCAUGGACAUAGUGUACACUGGUGAUAUGAUCACUUACAAGGUUAUUGGUGGUGUUCUGGAUUUUUAUUUCUUUGCUGGACCCUCCGCGAAAAUGGUAAUGGAUCAAUACACACAGCUCGUUGGCCGUCCUGCUCCUAUGCCUUACUGGUCAUUUGGGUUUCAUCAAUGCCGAUGGGGUUAUAAAAAUGUUAAUGAUAUCCAGGAAGUCGUUGAUCAGUAUGCGAAAGCUGGAAUUCCUCUUGAGGUUAUUUGGACUGAUAUCGACUAUAUGGAUGGUUUCAAGGAUUUCACACUCGAUCCUGUUAACUUUCCUUUGGACAGAAUGAAGAGUUUUGUUAACAAACUUCACCAAAAUAAUCAGAAAUAUGUUCUCAUCCUGGAUCCUGGUAUCCAUGUGAGCGAGACAUAUGAAACAUACAUUAGAGGAAUGCAGGCAGACGUAUUCAUAAAACGGGAUAAUAUUCCUUAUAUGGGGACUGUUUGGCCAGGAAAAGUCUACUACCCAGAUUUUCUAAAUCCUGCUGGUGGAGUUUUUUGGAGCAAUGAAAUCAGUAAUUUUCACAAUCUUCUCCCAUUUGAUGGCCUCUGGCUUGACAUGAAUGAGAUAUCAAAUUUCAUAUCUUCAUCUCCUAGUGCACUCUCUAUGCUUGAUGAUCCUCCGUAUAAAAUUAACAAUUCGGGAGCUCAAAACCCCAUUAAUUCUAGAACAGUUCCUGCUUCUUCCCUGCAUUUUGGUAACGUCACAGAGUAUGAUGCUCAUAACCUUUAUGGACUUUUGGAAUCCAAAGCCACAAAUCAGGCCUUAGUCAUAGCAACAAGUAAAAGGCCAUUCAUUCUUGCUCGAUCAACUUUUGUUGGCUCCGGGAAAUACGCAGCACAUUGGACUGGAGAUAAUGCAGCUACAUGGGAGGAUUUGGCGUACUCAAUUCCUAGCAUCUUAAAUUUUGGACUGUUUGGUAUUCCUAUGGUUGGAGCAGAUAUAUGUGGUUUCUCUCGAAACACUACUGAAGAGCUCUGUCAGCGUUGGAUUCAGCUAGGAGCCUUUUAUCCCUUCUCAAGAGACCACUCUGCAAACGAUACUACCCAUCAAGAGCUCUAUCUUUGGGACUCAGUUGCCACGGCAGCCAAGAAGGCGCUUGGUCUUCGUUACCAAUUACUCCCUUACUUUUACAUGCUAAUGUACGAGGCGCACAUGAGAGGAACACCCAUAGCACGACCCCUUUUCUUCUCAUUCCCUGAAGACAUCAAUACUUAUGAAAUCGACUCCCAGUUUCUUCUCGGGAGAGGGGUAAUGGUCUCACCUGUAUUGAAGCAAGGAGUAAUCUCAGUCAAUGCUUAUUUUCCAGCAGGAAAUUGGUUUAACCUCUUCAACUAUUCUAAUUCGUUGAGUUUGAAUCAAGGAAAACAUGUAACGCUCUAUUCACCACCUGAUCAUAUAAAUGUUCAUUUACGGGAAGGAAACAUAAUAGCGAUGCAAGGAGAAGCCUUAACAACACAAGCAGCUCGGAAAACACCAUUCAAACUAUUGGUGGUUCUCAGCAGCAAGGAGAACAGCACGGGAGAGGUGUUCUUGGAUGAUGGAGAGGAAGUCGAGAUGGGAAGAGAAGGAGGGAGAUGGACAUUAAUACAAUACAAUGGCAGAAUCUCUGGAAGUACAGUAACAGUUGAAUCAAAUGUAAUUAACAAAGAAUAUGCAUUGAGCCAGAAAUGGAUUGUAGAAAAGGUAACAUUUUUGGGUUUGAAAAAUGUUACAAAAUUGAUGAGUCAUGAACUCGUGAUCAACACAGGAACAAAGUGGAUGAUCAAGAACACUGGGGCAAGAACUAGUUUAAAAGUCAGUGGAGGGUUUGCUAUAGUGCAGGAGCUUCGACCCAAGGAGAACUUCAUCAGUCGAUCAACCAUGGCCAAUUCCGAUCCUGACAAGCUGAUCACCAAAGCCGAUAAACUAACAAAACUCAGUAUGACAAGGUGGAGUGCAGAUUGGAAGGGUGCCACUGUUCUGUAUGAGCAAGCGGCAAAUGCAUAUAGGCUGGCAAAAAAUUAUGAGAAAGCAAAAGAAGCGUUUGAGAAAGCUUCAAAAGGACAAGAAAUGCUCUCCUCGCCUUGGGAUGCUGCGAAGCAUAUGGAAUCUGCAGCUGUUCUUGCAAAGGAAGUAGGCAACUGGAAAGAAGUGUCUGAAUUUUCUCGACAUGCAUCUGAGUUGUUUACUGAGUGUGGAAGGUCACAACCUGCAUCAGAUGCACUUGCAAAGGGUGCUCGUGCUUUAGAAGAUGUUGCACCCGAGGAAGCUAUUCAGCUUUACACUGAUGCUUGUGAUGCUCUAGAAGAGGAUGGAAAGGAACAAAUGGCCUUUGAUCUAUAUCGUGCUGCUACAAGUGUUUAUAUAAAGCUUGAAAAGUAUGCAGAUGCUGCAACUUUUCUUUUAAGAUGGGCCUUAUCAGCUGAUAAGUGCAAUGCUACCCAUAGCCAAUGCAAGGCUUAUCUCAGUGCAAUCAUUGUGCAUCUUUAUGCUCACGACUUCCAGCAAGCAGAGAAGUGUUACAACGAUUGUUGUCAGGUUGAAGCUUUUUUGAACAGCGAUCAAAAUCGUGCUGCCAGUAGACUCCUUUCUGCAUACACUGAAGGUGAUGUUGAAGAAAUCAAACGUGCGGCUCAAUCAAGCAUUAUCUCCAAUCUUGAUCACGUGAUUGUCAAGCUUGCAAGGAAACUGCCUACAGGUGAUGUAAGUGCAUUUAAGAUGGACACAAAGGAUCUAGAAGAACCCUUGGAUGAAGAUGAUCUUACAUAA